AUGAUAUCCACAAACACUGAGAAAAGAGCAAAGCUCAGGACCUCAACAAUGUCUGCCGCAAAAGCAAGCGUGAAGCGAGUUUCGGAGUCGGAGAACGUGAAGUCCAACCAGCGGAGGCGAACCGUCGUCGAUGAUGAUUUUGACGCCGCCAUCUCCAACGACAUUAAAGGCAUAAUGAGCGCUCUUCAGCAGAUCAAGGAGAAAGCGCAGAUGGAUGGCCAGAAGAAGAACGAGGAGACGAUUUCCAGUGUGGCCUCAGAGAUGAAAGCAAGAUUGGAUGAGCUGAAAUCGAAACUUGAGAAAGAAAGGCAGAGCUUUGCCAAGGGACUGCUAAAGAGCUCGAAAGAGUGUGAAAAUUUACUGAAGAAUGAGACUGCCAAGUUUCAAGAACUUUUUGAGAGGUUCUCCAAGGAGAAAUCCACACACUUGCAGGCCUUGAAAGACGUAUCUGAAAACAAUGCUUCUUUGACGGGUGGGGCAUAUGGUUUCGAGAAAGCAACUAUUUCUCUGUCCCAGAAGCUGUUGUCUUCCCCAAAGAAGGUGACUCUCUUACGACAUGGCCUUAGCUCUUGGAAUAAAGAAGGCAGAGUUCAGGGUAGCUCAGACCUGUCGGUCCUAACCGAAGCAGGUGUUGCACAAGCAGAAAGAUGCCGGACUGCCCUAUCUGAUAUGCACUUUGACCAGUGUUUUUCGAGCCCAAUAUCUCGUGCCAAGUCUACUGCUGAAAUCUUAUGGCAAGGCAGGGAACAGCCUUUGGUUUAUCUCGACUCGCUAAAGGAGGCUCAUUUGUACUUUCUUGAAGGCUUGAGAAAUGUGGAUGCUAAGAAGAAAUAUCCCAAGGAGUUUGUUCAGUGGAGAGAGGAUCCUUCGAAUUUUUGCAUUAACGGUGUUUAUCCCACGAGGAAGUUGUGGGAGACGGCCCGUGAGGCUUGGUUAGAAAUCUUAUUUACGCCGGGAGAAAAUUUCUUGGUUGUCACACAUAAAUCGAUCUUGAGGGCAUUGAUCUGCACAGCUCACGGGCUCCCCCCAGAGAGGUUUCGUGCAAUCGACGUUAACAAUGGUGGAUUAUCUGUGUUUGGGUUUAACAAACAAGGGGAAGCAAUGCUUCGGUCGUUGAAUAUGACGGCACAUAUGUACACGGAUCACGUAUACCAUUACUAG